AUGUUUCGGCAUAGUUUCAGAGGAAGGUCUCUCAUAUCCGCAGUCACGGCAGCCUCCUGUCAAGCAUUUCUGCUGCUUGGCUAUGAUCAAGGCGUCAUGUCGGGCUUAGUAGGGGCAGAUAAUCGAUUCGGUCGUGACUUCAACAACCCAGAUGCUGCAUUACAAGGCGACAUCGUAGCCCUUUAUGACAUCGGCUGUAUCAUUGGCUCCAUUUUAGUCUUUUGUAUUGGGGAAAAAUUCGGACGACGAUGGAUGCUCAUGGGGGGUGGGAUCAUCAUGAUUUUGGGCACCAUUAUUUUGGCUUCUUCCACCACAGUUGCACAGCUGAUUGUUGGUCGGAUUGUUACUGGGGUGGGGGAUGGAAUGAACAGCAGCACUGCCCCUGUUUAUCAGAGCGAGGUUGCUCCCUCGGAAAUUCGUGGAACUCUUCUGACUCUGCAAGGAACCAUGACAAUUCUUGGACUCUGCAUUGCCUACUGGCUUGAUUACGGAACCAUUUUUACCGACUCGUCAUUGCAAUGGCGCUUCCCUCUUGCAUUCCAGGCCGUUUUUGCGGUCUGCCUAGUGCUACAGGUCAUCGGACUCCCCGAAACACCCAGAUGGCUCACGAAGAAUGAUCGAUACGAGGAAGCCCGUGAUGUUAUUGCCGCAAUCAAUGACCUUUCAAUUGACGAUCCUACCGUGAUACAGGCGCUGGCCGAUAUUGAAAAGGCAGUCCAUGAGGAUAUACAAGGUGAUCAAGUGGGCUGGCGGGAUUUCUUCUCCCACGGUAAAUUGCAAAAUUGGCGACGAUUGCUCUUAAUCAUAUUCAUCGAAAUCAUGCAGCAAUUUACCGGUUCAAACAUGAUCAACUACUAUGCCCCCACUGUCUAUACAGAUGCACUUCACAUGUCCAGAAACAUGUCAAUAAUCUUAUCUGGGUGCACAUCACUUGCAUACCUUGUCGGCUCUGCUCUUCCUCUCCUAAUGAUGGACAAGUUUGGACGACGCGUGCUACUCAUUGUGUCUGCGGCUGGGCUUUCGUUCUGCUUUAUGAUGGUCGCUAUACUCCUCUCAUUCAACAAAGUACAGGAUGCAUAUGGCGCCACUGCAUUUAUCUUCCUGUUUCAAAUCUUUUAUGGUCUUGGGUGGCUACCUGUCCCUUGGUUUUAUCCAUCCGAGAUCAGUACAACCUCUCUAAGGUCCAAGAGCGCAGCGAUUGCUUCCGCCUUUAAUUGGUUGUCUGUGUUCGCAGUAGUGAAACUUACCCCGAUCGCCAUCCAGAACAUCAAUUGGCGCGUUUUUGUCAUCUUCGCUGUUCUCAACUUCCUGUGGAUUCCAAUUGUGUUUUUCUUCUAUCCAGAGACGAAAGGACUUGAGCUCGAAGACAUCAAUUUGAUCUUCGCCAAAGGCGGUUUCACUGGGGGCGUCUUUUCUUCAAGGGGCCGACCAGUUGUCCCUCACCAACACGCCCAAGAGACUGAGCUGGAAAGCAAACAGCACACAGAAACAAUCGAAAAUGUUGUGGCCAGUUGA